CCCUAGCAAUCCCACAUCCCCCUCCCCCACCCCGACCACCACGCUCUGCAGCGGCCUCCUUUCGUCUCCGGAGCCGUCUUGGCUGCCUCCCCUCUCCUCACCGCCCGGCGCGCCACCACCAUGGACCCGGAAGCGGUGCGGAAAAGCCUGGAGCCCACCGCAACCGCAGAGAAAAUCACGGGCUCCACCCCUGCGCGGCUCCACUUCUACGACCCCUUCGUCCUCAGCGGCGUCAGCAUCGAAGCCGCCGAGCACGGCCGCCUCCUCUGCUCCUUCGUCGUGACACCUCGCCUUGCGAGUCCCGUGGGGUACCUCCGCAGCGGGGUCACAGCGACGCUCGCCGACCAGCUGGGAUCGGCCGUGUUCUUCUGCAGCGGGCUCCCCAGCAGCGGGGUCUCCAUCGAGAUCAGCGUCUCCUUUGUCGACGCGGCUGCAGUCGGGGAGGAAAUAGAGGUUGAGGGGAAGUUGUUGCGUGCUGGAAAGUCAGUUGGUGUUGUCUCUGUCGAUUUCAGGAAGAAAAAGACAGGAAAAUUGAUGGCACAGGCCCGUCAUACAAAGUAUCUUGUGGCAUCAAGCAAAUUGUGAGGUGCUCCCCUUCUGUUAACAAGAUAUCAACAUAAUUGCACCCAAACCCUCCAUUACUGGUGCCAUCAUUAAUAGGCAGCAAUCAUACAAUGCUUGUGAUAUAUCUUUUUUUGUCAAAAAAAUUGCUGUAUAUAUACUAUAUAUGUAUGAAAUUCAAGUAUCAUCAUUGGUGCCUCUGAUGCAUAUUGGUCUAGUCAUGUUACUUUCACUUGACAGACAUGAUCGGAUAACAUGUUUCGACAGAGGCACUUGGUUGUAACUUCGCAGGAAAUAACAGUUGUUGCAUUGGCUCGGUCUGCCAUCAUCUUGGGAGAUUCAAUCCGUUUAUAAAAAGAAUUGAUCAUUGCUGCA